ACAGGGAGAAGGGCUCCCUCCGGCGCCAGGGGCCGCCUCGGAAGGCCGCCCUGCCGGGGGCCAGCACCCGCCCCGCGCGCCCCGGCCGGUCCCGGCUCUGGCCAAGCGCUCGGGGAGCCCCGGGCGCGUGGCCGGCCGCGUGGAGCUCAGGAGCUGGGGAGGCAGCGCCGGGACGCACGGAAAGACCGAGGGCGGCCAGAGGCGGCGAACAAAUAGUCCCAGCGCCUCCUCCGGCCGCAGCCAGGCGUGUGGUCCCCGCAGUCCGAGGGCUGGCCGGGCUCGGUGGGGCCCAGUCCGGCGCACGGGCCGGGACCCGCAGGCUCUAAUUGCGGCGCUUGUGUUGAUGAUGAUUUUUUUUUUAAUCACAGCAGCCCCCGGUUUAGCGGACUGAUUUACUCCCGGUAUUGGUAAAUAUGAUCACGUGGGCCGCGCGACCAAUGGUGGAGGCUGCAGCCUGCGAACUAGUCGGCGGCGAGGGCGCCGGCGGGGAGCGGCGCCGCGGCGGGCAGUGUAACCUUGGGUGGGAGCGCACGGCGCCGCAAAAUGUCCUCCAGUGGCACCCUCAGCAACUACUACGUGGACUCGCUCAUAGGCCAUGAGGGCGACGAGGUGUUCGCCGCACGCUUCGGACCGCCCGGGCCCGGCGCGCAGGGCAGGCCCGCAGGUGUGGCCGACAGCCCGGCCGCCGCCGCCGAGUUUGCCUCGUGUAGUUUUGCCCCUAAAUCGACCGUGUUCUCUGCCUCGUGGUCCGCGGUGCCCGCCCAGCCCCCGACGGCGGCGGCGAUGAGCGGCCUCUACCACCCGUACGUGCCCCCGCCGCCCCUGGCCGCCGCCGCCUCCGAGCCCGGCCGCUACAUGCGCUCCUGGAUGGAACCGCUGCCCGGCUUCCCGGGCGGCGCGGGCGGCGGCGGCGGCGGAGGAGGCGGCGGCGGCCCGGGCCCCGGUCCCAACCCCGGCCCCAGCGGCCCACCCAACAGGCGCCACUACGGGAUUAAGCCUGAAACCGGAGCGGCCCCGACCCCAGCGGCCGCCGCCACCUCCUCCUCCACUUCCUCGUCUUCCUCCUCCAAACAGACUGAGUGCUCUGCGGCCCGGGAGUCCCAGGGGAGCGGCGACCCCGAGUUCUCCUGCAACUCGUUCCUGCGGGACAAGGCGGCGGCGGCGGCGGCUGGGGGAACGCGGCCGGGGGCAGGGAUCGGGCCCGGGGCAGGCGGCUCGUCGGAGCCCUCGGCUUGCAGCGACCAUCCGAGCCCGGGCUGCCCGCUGAAGGAGGAGGAGAAGCAGCAUCCGCAGCCGCCACCGCAGCAACUUGACCCAAACAACCCCGCCGCAAACUGGAUCCACGCUCGCUCCACCCGGAAAAAGCGCUGUCCCUACACCAAAUACCAGACGCUGGAGCUGGAGAAGGAAUUCCUCUUCAACAUGUACCUCACCCGGGACCGGCGCUAUGAGGUGGCAAGGAUUCUAAACCUCACAGAGAGACAAGUCAAAAUCUGGUUCCAGAACCGUAGGAUGAAAAUGAAAAAGAUGAGCAAGGAGAAAUGCCCCAAAGGAGACUGACCCGGCCGGCGAGGUGCCGGCAGGACCGCUCUGCCUGGCACAGGCCGUGGGGUUUUUUCUUUGUGGGUGCUUGAUUUCCAGAAACUCUCCAGUGAUUCGGACAUUUUACCCCGUUUUUAGGUAGAAGUGACUGUGUGGUCGGUCUCUGUGAGGUAUUUGGGGGACUCUGUAUUUGCUCGCUUAUGUGUUGGAGAAACCAAGAGGCUUGGGGGUUUUGCCCUGCCCCGCACCCUCCGUUUCCUGCCCCGUUGGUUCCUUGGAAAAUGCUGUGUUUUGUGAGUGCACGCUGGCUUGAACAGCUCUGUCCUUUGUAAAUGCCCUCCAUGUUUCUGAAAAGUGCUGUAGUGUAGCCCCUAGCGCUGCUCGAGCCGGAGCCACACGCGCCUCACUUGGGAGAAUGAAGGCAGAGGACCACAGCGCGGAGGCCCGAAGAGGCCCGGCCGGGUAGCCCAACGGUUAUGAAAGCCCCCUUUCCUCGGGGAGCCUGUGACUGAGACCUGGAAGGAAGCCGAAAGAGGAGCCCAGGGCCUCCAGGGGCGCGGAGGGAGGUAUUGUCAGUGCACUGGAGGAGCCGCUGUCACGGGAGGGCUCCGCUCGCGUGGGCGGCUGCGGGCGUUGGCCCUCCCGGUUCCUGCCUGAGGACCAGUUGUAAAUGUUACCGCUUCCUACCAAUAAAUGCUGACCUGAUUAAACAGAGCCCAGAGACUGCCCCUGAA